UUCAUCUUUCUAACGACAUUACAUAAAUCAUUGUUCUUAGGAGCAAAAAAAGUUGACGUUUGCAAAUAGUGACACGCCAAAUUAAGUUACACACAGAAAGACUCGUUCGUUUCCUUCUCUCACUUCCCCUUUUCUCGUCCAUUGGUUCACUUCUUUUCAUUCUCUCUCUCUCUGAGAAGGGUAAGAAGCCAUUCAAGGAAAUAAAAAUCGCAGUCUUCAAAGAACGGGCACACAAGAAAGCGCGUUUUUUUUUCCUCUCAACGUAACGGAUUUUCUCCUUCACUGUUUCCAACAUACCCAGAGGGAAAAGAGAAAGUGGGUCUUCUUUUCUUCUCAGAAAGUUUCAUUCUUGGCUUCGAAUCUCUUCAUUUUCUUGAUCUCUGUCCAAAGGGUCUCGUGUAGUGUAGUGCCUUUUUUUUUUUUUUUCCUCUUUUUCUCGCUCUAGAGAAUGGUGGCAGUGAGAAACAUUGUGCUGCUGUUGCUUUGCAUUACUGUUGUGGCUCCGAUUGUGCUCUACACUGAUCGCCUUGGCACCUUUGAGUCCCCUUCAAACAAACAGGAGUUUAUUGAAGAUGUCACUGCUUUUGCUUUCAGUGCAGCAGACUUUAGUCAUUUGAAUCUGUUACCCCAGGAAACUUCAACGGCUGUGAAAGAACCUGUUAGGGUUGUGUAUACUGAGGAGGAUUCAACUAACAAAAGGAAUUUGCCUCAAGGCUUGCAAUUGGUGAAAUCAAGGGAGCAUGUGUUUGCCAGGAUGUUGUCAACUACAACUGAGGAAGAUCUGGCUAAAAAGGAGAACCCCAUUAAACUGGUGACUGAUGGAAUUAAGCAAGGAAAUCAAGGUGAUGCAUCUGGUGAAAAUGUAAAUGGGGAAGAUGCUAUUGAUGUUGAUGACAAUGAUGGGAAACUUGCUAAAUCAAUUAGUGCUUCUACUCAAGAGCCUGAAAUUAAGGAGCAACAACUAGCCACAGAAACUUCUAGCAAAAUAAACCAAAAAGGUUCUGAAUUGUCUGAAACCAAUAAGCAGAAUGAUCGAACACCAUCUGAUGCCCGGGUGAAGCAGAUAAAAGAUCAGCUUAUCCAAGCUAAGGUCUAUCUUUCCCUUCCAGUUGUAAAAUCCAACCCACAUCUCACUCGGGAGCUUCGAUUACGGGUAAAAGAAGUUUCACGAACACUUGGGGAAGCAAUCAAAGAUUCUGAUUUACCUAGGAAUGCAAAUGAGAGAAUGAGGGCGAUGGAGCAGACACUGAUGAAAGGAAAGCAAGCUCAAGAUGAUUGUGCUGCUGUUGUGAAGAAGCUUAGGGCUAUGCUCCACUCAUCGGAGGAGCAGCUUCAUGUUCUCAAGAAGCAGACUUUGUUCUUAACACAAUUGACAGCAAAAACACUGCCCAAAGGUCUUCAUUGUCUUCCAUUGCGCCUUACUACUGAGUAUCAUAAUAUGAAUUCUUCUCACCAACAAUUCCCCCAUCAAGAGAAUUUAGAAGACCCCCAUUUAUACCAUUAUGCCAUAUUUUCAGACAACAUAUUAGCAACAGCUGUUGUUGUGAACUCAACUGUUUCCAAUACUAAGGAUGCCUCAAAACAUGUUUUCCACAUUGUCACUGAUAGACUCAAUUACGCAGCGAUGAGGAUGUGGUUUUUGGUGAAUCCACCUGGCAAGGCAACCAUUCAAGUUCAAAACAUUGAAGACUUUACAUGGUUGAAUGCAAGUUACAGUCCUGUUCUUAAACAGUUGGGUUCCCAAUCCAUGAUUGAUUAUUACUUCAAGGCUCAUCGAGUAACUUCUGAUUCAAAUCUUAAGUUUCGGAAUCCAAAGUAUUUGUCUAUCUUGAACCACCUCCGGUUCUAUCUGCCUGAGAUCUUUCCAAAGCUCAACAAAGUGCUGUUUUUGGAUGAUGAUAUUGUUGUGCAGAAGGAUCUGACUGAUCUGUGGUCAAUUGAUUUGAAAGGCAACGUAAAUGGUGCUGUAGAAACUUGUGGAGAAAGUUUUCACCGAUUUGAUCGCUAUCUCAACUUCUCAAAUCCUCUUAUUGCGAAGAAUUUUGACCCACAUGCUUGUGGGUGGGCAUAUGGUAUGAAUGUCUUUGAUUUAGCAGAAUGGAAGAGGCAAAACAUCACAGAGGUUUACCACAACUGGCAGAAUCUGAAUCAUGAUAGACAACUAUGGAAGUUAGGAACACUGCCACCAGGUCUCAUAACAUUCUGGAAACGCACUUUCCCGCUGAACCGAUCUUGGCACAUUUUAGGUCUUGGCUACAACCCCAAUGUCAACCAAAGAGAUAUCGAGCAGUCUGCUGUUGUACACUAUAAUGGGAACAUGAAACCGUGGCUUGAGAUAAGUAUUCCCAAGUUCCGACGUUACUGGACGAAUUAUGUUGAUUAUGAUCAUGUGUAUUUGAGAGAAUGCAACAUCAAUCCAUAGAUAGGUCGUUUUGGUAUGUUUAAUCAUUGAAGUUUUCUUAGCAUUUGCCAGCACCUUCUAGGUCUGCGAUUCCAUCUGUGUAGGGCUUCUACUUUUUUAAAGCUUUACAAUUCUUUUUGUAUACGUGUUCCUGUUUUUAAAUUGGUAUUUUUUGGUCUUGCAACCCUUGAUCAGAAACCUGCAGAGAAUGCUAACUGUACUUGUAAAUGAAAUGAAGAGGCUAGUUCUUUUUAUUUCUUUGUGAUUCUUCUUUGGCUCUAUGUUUUAGAUUGUACCCUCCCACCUCCCCUGCCCCUUUUUCAAAACAACUCGUCUUGUAGUCUUCCUUUUAUUUCUUGUACAUGUUUUUAUUUAAGUUGACACUCUUCAAUAGUGUAUCUAGCUUUGUACAACCCUGUGUAGAGUGCUAGCUACUCUUUUGCUACAUGUAAUAAUACAAUACCUUGUGCAAUUUAUUAAUUUUAACCCAUCAUUAAU